AUGUUAGGAAUUUAUUCAGCUCUGAUAGUACUUGAAGUAUUCAGUGCAUGUCAUGGACAGACAUAUCUAGACGAAGUAAAGCUGCUGGAAUACUUGUUUAAGGAUGGAAGGUAUGAUAAAUCAGUCAGACCAGUUGCCAACCGUUCUUCAGCAAUUCGGGUUGAUAUAAGUCAUGAGAUUCGAGCUAUAUCACAAGUCGAUGUUUCUGAUGGGACAUUCUGUACCUUUUCUAAUCUAGAGACAUCCUGGUUAGACGAGCAAUUAACAUGGGACCCCGCUGAGUAUGGCGGUAUUUAUGCUAUUUCUCUACCAGAAGGGAAAUACUGGAGCCCGGAGCUGGAGAAGCAAUUCCCAGGUGCUUGUGGUGGUGUUACAGCGUACGAAAAUUUCAAGAUUGAAAAUGCCACCUUGACAUACGAUGGGAAAGUUUUAGUUUACGUUUACAAACUAUUUGGAUCUCUUUGCAAGGUUGAUCUGACAUAUUAUCCAUUCGACGAACAUGUCUGUAUUCACCAGUUUUACUCCACUAAGUAUAAUCAAAACGAACUUUCAAUCAAUUUGUUGCACGAUAAAAUAAUUGGCGGGACCUACCUAGAAAAUCAAGAAUGGAAAGUGACACAAACUGUCUCACAUGUGGUGAAUAUUUCAAUUCAACGCCUGUCGGUUACAUUUGCUUCGAAUUAUAUAACCAUCGAGCGAAGACCGGGCUUUAUAAUGAUAAACAAGUUCGCACCGGCAUGUCUUUUGUCUGCCUUGCAUAGUUCUUUGCCGCUUAUUCCUCCAAACAAUGAAAGGUUAUCCUUUGCUAUUACAAAUUAUCUUGCCUUGAUGUUUCUGACCGUCUCUUUUGUUUCCGACAUGCCUAGAAAUUCUGUAAACACAACAAUGCUCUCGUAUUGUUUACUUGGCUUAAGUAUCGCCGCUGCAAUCGGUGUCCUUUGGAGUGUUUUUGUCGUUCGUUUGGCUAAUGCAACCAAUAGAACCCGGAAAAUGCCGAAAUGGUUACGUAAUCGGAUUAGAAAAAAAUCAAGAGAAAUGACCCCGCUGUCUGCGGAUGGGGAAGAAGAGAAAAAGGUCAAAGAAAUGACAAAGGAAAUAGAACAUGAAAAUGGCUGGUAUGAGGCAGCGAUGUAUCUUGACAAAGUGUAUUUUAUAACAUCACUGUGUAUCAUAAUUGUUUUAUUGACAGCAGUCUGGUUCAUGUACACUUUUUCAAAAGACCAGAAAGACGAAUGA